UUCGAAUUGUAAGUAAUCCACCAUUGCUUUUGAGGAUAAUCACUUUUUUAUUUAUGUUUGCAUUUCUACGACAAUAAAACAUAUAAAUUCACAAGAUGUCUUGCAUUGACAAGAUGUCCAUUAUGGGCAUUAGAUCUUUCGAUAGUCGAUCUAGAGAAAGUAUUCAGUUUUUUUCUCCUUUGACAUUGAUCGUUGGUCAAAAUGGGUCAGGGAAAACAACAAUCAUAGAAUGUUUGAAAUAUGCUACAACAGGAUUGCUUCCUCCAAACACGAAAGGUGGAGCCUUCAUUCAUGAUCCGAAGCUGUGCGGUGAAAAAGAGGUACUCGCACAAGUGAAACUCGCGUUUAAAAACACGAAUCAAAUAAAAAUGAUAUGUACGCGAUCAUUACAAUUGUUAGUAAAAAAGGCCACAAGGCAGCAGAAAACCCUUGAUGGGCAGCUAUUGAUUGUCAAUGACGGUGAGCGCAGUACUAUCAGUAAUCGAUGUGCUGAGUUAGAUUUACAAGUACCUCUAAGUCUCGGAGUCAGUAGAGCACUAUUAGAUUAUGUUAUAUUCUGUCACCAGGAAGAAAGCUUCUGGCCUCUGAGUGAACCCUCUAACUUAAAAAAGCGGUUUGAUGAGAUUUUUGAAUCUAUGAAAUAUGCGAAAGCCCUUGAACAGCUAAAGAAUGUAAGACGUGAGCAAGAAAAUCAGAUUAAAGUUGAUCAAGCCAACUUGGUGCAUUUCAGGUCGGAUAAAGAACGGGCUGAAAAGAUUAGGAUGCAACUUCACAACACGCAAAAACGCAUCUCAUUUAUAAACCAUAGGAUUCAAGAUUUGGAUCAAAUGAUAUCCGAGACAGCAAAAUUACAAGAUGAGUUGUUCAGAUCCACUGAAGAAUAUGAACAAAAAGAAGUCGCCAUAUCUCAGUUGGAAAAUCACUGUGCUUUUCUGAAAUCAAGUGUAGAAGACUUAAAGAUCCAUAUGGCUGAAAUGAAUGACCCUACCGAAGAAUUGGAAGAGUCAUCUAGGAAUUUUAAUGGACAAGUAGAAACCGAACAGAAGCUUCUUUUGGAACUUGAAAAUAACAAGGCUUCAACCGAAAUUCAGAUAACAGAAAACAGGAGAAGGUUGGAAACCCUCUCCGCAAGUUUGGGACGUGCUGAAGGAGAGCUAGUUUCGCUGGAACGAACGAAGCGUAGAAAGCAGGAAACUUUAGAGAAUAUCGCUUCCUCACAUGAGUUCUCGGAACAAGAUGAAGACAAAAUCAUAACAAAAUACCUUGAAUAUCUGGACUCAAAUAUAUCCGAAAGUGAUAGAACUAUACAGUAUACACGAGAUAAAAGAAAAGAAAGAGGUGCUCGAAUUGAGGGCCUUAAAGCUCAUGAAUUGUAUAUGCAGAAAACCAUUACAGGUUUGGAAAGUUCUAUAAGGAAUAAUGAAAGCAAUAUGGAAAGUAUUCAGUCACGUGUUCAAGACCUUGAACAUAUGGCUCAAACGAGGGAUGCUUUAUUAGAAGAGAUAAAACAAGGGGAAAGAGAAUUCCAAGAUGUGAGAAAGGAGUACGAAAGAAAUGAAUGGCAUAUAAAGAUCAAGGAUGAAAAAACGAAAAUACAUGACAACGAAAAGAAACUUGAAAACUUUGCUUCAUGUAUUGAUAAGUUUCAUGACAAUGCCAACGUCCACUCAAAAUUACAGCUGUUAGUUGAGACGAAAGGAAAAUUAAUGGCUAGUGCAGAAGAAGCCCAUGAAUUUUUCAAGCACCGGUUCUUUGAAUUAACCUCUCUUGAUGUUCAUGCCGUCAGUGAAUUUGAUGAAAAACUAAAUUCUUCUUUACAAAACUCACAGGUAUCUGUAGAUGCUAUAAAGAAGAAACAGAAUUCCGCGAAUGCUACUGUUGUUGAACUUGAAUAUAAAGUUAAUACUUGUCGAAAAGAAUUAUCAGAUCUGGAGUCUCGAAAUAAUGAAAAGGCUCAGUUAACUCAAUACUUUUCGAUCAACUUGGAUGAACACCAUGAAAAUAUUCAAAAGUUAGACUUAGACAUCGAGGAUAGCAAACGUACAGCUCAUUCUCUACAAUUUGGUAUAAGCUUCUACGAAAAGGCAAUUCAGAUGUCUAAUUCACACCAUGCUUGUCAACUGUGUCAAAGAAUGUUCGAGCAUGAUGAAGAAGCUGCCUUUGUUGAACAUUGCCGCUCAAUGAUUGAAAAUAUUCCGGGGAAAUUGUCAGAGGUAACCGAGCAAUUGAAUAGCUUGAAUAAGAAAAGAAAAGAGCUUGGUGAUAUAAUUCCCCUCAUUGAGGAAGCAAGGUCAAUAAAAAAUUCUAUAAAAGAGAAUUUGGAUACUUUAACUACAACAGAACAACAGCUUGGAAAUGCAAAAGAGCAAGCUGUCGCUUUAGAUCUUGAAGUAAGAAAUAUUGACGCAAAGCAUGAGGAAUUGGAAAAUCUAAAAAUGAAGUUGUCCGAUAUUAAGCGUCUAAAUGAAGAAAUUGAAAAGUGCAAUAAACACAUUUCAGAACUGCAGGCUGAGCUAUCACCCUCCUACAAAGAAUUAGAUAUUAACCAAAUUACUCUUGAGCGAAAAAAGGUGGCUGAGAUGAACAAAACCGCAAACACGAAUUUAGAAAAAAUUACUUAUGAAGAGGCCAAGCAAAAAAGGGAGCUUGACAAAAUAAAUCUCGCUAAUAAAGACAGGGAGGUCAGGUUUUCAGAUCUGAAACUCAAAAUCAAUGAGUUACAUCAACUAGAAGUUGAAAUUAAAAACUGUUGUGAAAAAAAGAUAAAGAUGGAAAGGGAUCUCGAAGAAAGUAAACAGUCCUGCGAGGAACAGCGUCCAUUAUUCAACAAACUCAAUGAAGAAAUGCGUAGUUUGGAGAACGAGCUUGAAAGAAAUGAAGAAAAAAGCCGAUCACUGCUGCAGGAUAAGAACAUUUUUCUUCAACAAGUUCAAGAUUGGGCUAGAGAGUUGCAAAUUGAUAUAAAGUCUGAACUAGAACGUUUAGUAAAAGAGAAGGACAGUCUUCAUCGAACAAUUGAAUAUGAUUUAUCCAAAUUGGAUACUUUCACCCAAAAGAUAAAAAAUAUUCAGGAAAAAUUGGCUGAUUUGCGUUCUAGAGAACGGAACAUUUCUGACAAUUUACGCCUUCGUCGAUUGCAUAGUCAGUUUGUGGAAGCUUUAGAAAGAAAAAAUAAUCUGAAGUCUCAACAAACACAGAGUAAUAGGCAGGCUUUCCGUAAUGAAAUGGAGUCUUUGAAAAUGCAAUAUGGAGCGUUAAACGCUGAGCGUGCUGGUUUACUAGGCGAGUGUCGACAACUUGAUUCUAGUGUUAAGCAAUUAACUCAAGAUUUAAAUCUCGAAUAUAAAGAUUCAGAUGAACGUUAUCGCCGUCAAUUAAUUAAAACGAGGACGACUGAUAAAGCCAAUGAUGAUAUUGGGAAAUAUGCGAAAGCUCUAGAUAUUGCCAUCAUGCAACUCCAUUCAUUAAAGAUGAAUGAAAUAAACAGAAUCAUAGAUGAGUUAUGGAAACAAACUUAUUGUGGUACAGAUAUUGAUACAAUCUUAAUUCGCUCAGACGCUGAAGGAAAGGGAAACCGCUCUUAUAAUUAUAGGGUUUGUAUGGUAAAGGGGGAUGCCGAGUUAGAUAUGAGGGGACGAUGCAGUGCUGGUCAAAAAGUUCUAGCCUGUAUUAUAAUUCGACUUGCUUUAGCAGAAUGUCUAGGAGUUAAUUGUGGAAUUCUAGCUCUGGAUGAGCCUACAACGAAUUUAGACGAGGAAAACAUUACCAGUUUAGCGAAAAGUCUGUCGAAAAUUGUCGAUUUUAGAAGGAGACAAGCAAACUUUCAACUAAUUAUUAUUACUCACGACGAGCAAUUUAUCCGUUUGGUUAAUACAGACGCGUAUUGUGGUUAUUAUUAUAAAGUUAAAAGAGACGCUAAUCAAAAGAGCAUUAUUGUACGAGAAACGAUGUAAGCAUUCGAGCUGCUUUAGAUUAAUUGGAGUACUGGAGUUAUGAUAUAUCAGAAGUGCACGAUUUUAUCAGAGAAAAGUAGAUAACAAAUAAAAAUCAUCUGAAAUAGGAUCUUAUAAAAGUUAUUAUUGUUAUUCGUCUAAUUUUAAUUUUCGGUCCA